AUGAUCGACAGCUUGUUCGUAAUUUCCUCCUCGGGAAAUUACCUUGUGGAGAGGAAGAACGUGCUGAUCCAUGUAGUUCGCGUGAGGGGCCAUGAGAGCAGUGACAGGCUUGCAAAGAAUCGAGCCCUGAUGAUUGCGGCAGUGAUCGAGAUCAUUCGCGAAGUGUUGCAGGCAUGGCGUGACAUGGCGCGCACAGUGGACAGUGUUGCUCGCGCAGGCCAAAGUCUCUUUCACAUCGGCAUGCGCCUGCUGGGGCCGUGCCUGGUGAUCAUGGCGCUAGUGUUGAAAGGCUUCGUGACGUGCACAUUUUUUUGGCAUGCGUUGCCGAUUAUGCAAGACAGAGCUGGACUGAUCGGAAGCUCGCUUUUGUCCUUUGUGGGCGUUUUUCUACUUCUGAAUGCGUUGUACAACUACUACAAGGCAGUGUUCACUUCAGCUGGUCUGCCACCAGAAUUUGAGAAGGCCAAAGUGUCCCUGGUGGAAUCCAGCGAGAAUCCAGAAGUCGUGCCGAGGAAAUGCCCCAAAUGCGCUUUGUUGAAGCCUCCUCGGGCGCAUCACUGCAGCGUUUGCGGAGUGUGCGUCAUGAAGAUGGACCACCACUGUCCGUGGAUAAACAAUUGCGUUGGUUUUGGUAACUACAGAUACUUCUGCCUAUUUCUGUUGUUCCUGGGCAUGGCCUGCUUCUUCGUCGUUUGCGUGUUCGGAGUCUUCUUCCAUGACGUGAUCUUUAGCUGGUCUCGGCAAGGAACGCGAGCGUUUCGCCAAUGCAUCCUCACCUCCUUCAUGAUAUGCGCAUCCAUUCUGGCAGCUGUUUGCUUCCUCGGGGGGUUCCACACAUUCUUGGUGAUGACGAAUCAAACCACCAUCGAGUUCCAGAUUAACAUGAUGAAGCGUCGAGAGAGCCGGUACAACGGCGAGUUCUUCCGGAAUCCCUACGACAUGGGCCGCAGCCGCAACUGCCAAGAGGUCUUUGGAGCCUCGGCGCUUUUUGUACUUGAAGAGAUGCUCCUCCUGUUCUCCUUUAUCGCUAUGAGUGUUGCCCACAUGCGGCGCUUUGCUUUCGCCAAAAACUGCAAGUUGGACUUGCAUUGUUUCACGCUUGACAGGAUGCUUUUCUUGGCCGUUGUGUCGCACGAGGCGGCGGGCGCUGCAGUGCCACAACGAUGGCUUCCACGAUUGUUUCUGUCGCACUACAGUCUUGGUAGGAACCACCGCUUGCCGUGUUCGAGCUGCUGGAUCGAGUCUACCAGGCUGUUCAUUGCCAUACGACCGCAAGCUCUUAGCCAUGCAAAAGAUUCAAACAUACGAAGCACCUGCAGUUUUAACUCUGGCUACGCGUAUGCUGUCAAGGUGCUCUUCAGAUACCUGGGAGAGGUGAGCGAGGAUGCACUGUACCUUCUAUUGGACGAGAUGAUCGACAGCGGCUUGCCUUUCACAACAGAGCUGAACAGUCUUGAGUCCAUCAUCGCUCCGCCAUCAGCAAUCGGAAAGGUUGUGCAGGCCGUCUCCGGCAGCAGCACGCAGGUGCUUUCAGAUGUGCCUUUGGAGUCCGCCGGGCAGGCCGGGCCCCUCGGAGCUUUGUCUUCGGCUCUUGGAGCCUUGUCGCAUUCUCAAAUCGGCGGUGCCUCUGCCGAGGUGUGGUGGCGAAAGCAGAACGUUGCCUACGGCUCGAACGAGGUGUAUGUAGACAUUGUCGAGACUAUCAGCUGUACAUGCAAUGGCAGUGGCAACAUUGUCUCUGGUGGUAUCAGCGGAGAAAUCUUGAUGACAAGCAAGCUGAGUGGGAUCCCUGAGGUGCUGCUUAGCUUGCGAAACCCAAGCAUUUUGCAGAAUGUGUCCUUUCAUCCGUGUGUCAAGCUCCCUCGUUAUCAACGAGACAAGGUGCUCUCCUUCAUACCUCCUGACGGCGAGUUCUCGCUAGCCAAUUACUGGAUUCCGGACAUCACCAUGAACUUGCCCUUCCACUUCUCGGUCUCUGUGAACUACCACUCCGACCACGGGAAAGUGCAGAUUGCCGCAAGCCCCAAGCUUGCCGUGACCAUGCAGCACAAACAGAUGUUGAUUGACAAGUUCGUCGUGAACGUUCGCCUGCCUGCAAGUAUCGCUUCUGCGAACCUUGCGUGCCAAGGAGGGAGCGUCCGCUUUGACGAAGAAUCCAAGGUCAUUGUUUGGAACUUGGGAAAGCUAGCCAGCCAGGAGAGCAAAGCAGAGGGCACCUUGACAUAUGCCACAAACCCAAAGGAUGGUAGUGUGCAAAUUCCAAAUGAAGAGAAAUCCACCGCACAGUUGGCUUUCCAAAUCAAGGGGUGGGCGAUCUCAGGAAUCCGGCUUGACGCGUGCGACGUCACCAGCAUCAACUACACUCCAUACAAAGCCUCCAGGCACGAAGUCCAACAACAUCCAAUAACUUGUUGGACCACGGCCCAGUUUUCCUUGCCUCCCAAGCAAGUGGUUCUGCGUCAAUCUUGCACAGGGCUUUUAAAACCAGGAUGGCGUUAUGUGACACAUCUUUGCUUGCCACUGUCAUCGAUCUUCUUCGUACGGCGGCUAUCUGUAAGGCGGUGUUCUUAG